GCGCCUGUAUAUUUUUUCAAUGAUUCAAUAGAAUAUUAUACAAAAAUAAUGCCCAAUUUAACACGUGUACUAUUUAGAUCAUAUUAGCAUCCUAUGCACAUUCUUUGAUUUAUUUCAUUUAUUCAUUACAAUCUGCCUUAAUACCAUUAUGGAUUAUGUUUGAUGUUAUUCAGCUAUUGUAUUGAAUCUAUAGCCAUAACAACUGGAUGCAAUCAUUUCUAAUUCUUCUUCUUUUUUUUUAAAAAAAAAAAUUAUACAUAUGCCAAUUUGAAUAAGAAGACGGACUAUUAUUACAGAAAUGGAUUGUUUUUCAUCUGCAUCUACAUGCUCCGAUGUAUCUUCAGAUACGGGGUCUGUACAGUCACCAUUUACACCUGUACAGCAAACGACCCAAUCAACAUCAAUUCAUUUAACUAAUUCAAAUACAAUCGAUUCCAUUUAUUCAAGUGGUAAUCCUAAUAAUAAAUUUAAUGCAGCUAUGUUAUCAUCGAUAAUGACAUCAUCAUCGUCAUCAACAACUACAACACCGAUACCAGUAACAUCACAACAAAGCAAUCUUGACUCAUCAUCAAUAAAUAAUAGUUUAUUGAAUUCUAUAGAACGUGAUCGUAAACAACGUGAAUUUAUACCGGAUUCUAAAAAAGACGAUAAAUAUUGGGAACGUCGGCGUAAAAAUAAUGAAGCAGCUAAACGAUCUCGUGAAAAACGUCGACAAAAUGAUAUUCUCAUGGAAUGUCGUAUUAAUCAAUUACAAAUACAAAAUCAUAAAUUACAUCAUGAAUUAAUCGAGUUGAAAUUACGUUUUAAUAUACCAUUAAAUGAUGAAGAUAAAAAAUUUAUGGAGAAUCAAUCAUCAACGUUAGAUGAUACACAAAAUGAUGUAUAUAAUGAACACCAUGAUCAUCAUAAUAAUAGUGAUGGAGACUUGAAAUUAUCCGAAAUGGAUUGUUGUAUGAUGUCAACAACAAAGUCAAGAAAUGAUUCAUUGUCGAUGGAUGAUUCACAAAAUGAAAUGUUAUUAAAAAGUGAUCAAUUAUCAUCAGUAUCACCAACACCACCGCCAUUAUUGCCACAGUCGCCUACAACAACAACGAUGUUGAUGACAAUGACGACAGCAACAGCGACAACAUCUUGUACAUCAGCGACUGUUUUGCCAGUGUCAACGUCUUUAAUUGAUCCAUUAAUGAAUUCUAUGGUAAUGACAACGACAUCCUCGUCAUCAUCAUCACCUUUGUUGUUACAAUCAUUAAAUCGGAUGAAUUGUGAACAACAAAUGAAUAUUGAGUUGACAGCAACAAACACGACAUCUACAACAUCAAUUCUAUCUACUAAUCAUAAUCAUACAGUCUCGAAUAAUUUUUUAUUCCCUCAAUUAAAUUCAUUAGAUAACACUGAUUUAUUAACAUUGAAACGUAUAUUCUCUAGUUUAGGUGUUGGAUGUUUAUCAACACCAUCAACUACUUCAUCAGUGGCAACGAAUCACCCGUCAUCAACAUCAUCAUCAGCUUCUCCGUUAAUUGCGGCAGCGGCGGCCGCGGCAGCUGUUGCCGCAGCUGCUACAAAUGGCGGUUGUACAAUGCCUUUAUCACCUAUUCCCGGAAACAAUAACAAUGGUGUAUGUACAACUUCGACAACAGCACCAUUUAAUAAUCUGUCAUCAUUGAAUACGACAGCUGCAUUAUUACUUCGACAAGCUGGUUUAAUGCCAGCAUCUACUACUCCUCCGCCGCCACUGCCUCUACAAUCUACUCUUCCAAUACUUCAACAUCCUCAAACAACUAGUUGUGGGUUGCACGACAAUAUUUCAGUUAUAAAAAAUAAUAAAAAUGAUAAAUUGUCAUUUUCAUCCUCAGUCAUACCACUGACAGCGGGUCCCGCUGCUAAUGUUGGUGGCGGUGGAGACGGCGGUGGUCGCUGUUCAUCAGUACACUCAGUAAAAUCAGAUCUAUCUAAUAAUUCAAAUGAUUAUUUCGAAUCUCCAUUAGAUCUUAGUUUAUGUUUACAAAUUAAAUCUGAAAGCCACAAUUCUGAACAUUUUCUAAGUGAUUCAAACUCAGGUACAUCAACCCUGGAUAAACGUUAUCAAGAUCGUCGACGUCGUAAUAAUGAAGCAGUACGUCGUUGUCGUGAAAAUAAACGUGCACGUCUACUUGGACGUACAGAAACUACAGAGAAAUUACAAAGUGAAAAUCGUUGCCUACGUAACGAAUUAAGUGGUUUAAGUAUGGAAGUUAAAGCAUUACGUAAAUUGCUUACAGUCGGUGGACAACAACAGGAUCAGCAAGAAAAUACUACCACCUUUACUACUAAAAACAAUAAUUGUAUGAGUCGUAAUGCUAGCAGUAAUGGUAUGGAUUAUUCUGAUGACAAUAAUGAAAUAAAGUUGUUUGAAGAAACAACAACAACAACACUGAAACAUGAUCAGAAAGAAGUUCCAUUAUCACUAAUGUCAUCGUUAUCACCACGACGACGACCACCACCACCACCGAUAUCUAUGCUAUCUUCAGAUGGAGAUAAUGAAAAAGAAGUUGAGAAUACUGUGAUUAUUGAUCAUGAAACGGAAAUGAUUGAAACUAUGAAUGAUAAUAAUAUUGACAACACUGACGAUGAUAUUGAAAUGCCAACUUUAACCACCAUGAAUAUGGAUAAUUAUUCCUUGGAUGAUGAUGAUGAUGACGAUAAUUCAUUGAGGUCUCAAACACAUACUGAUCAUCGUAAGAAAUUAUCAUCCAAUAUCACCAUGGAAACAUCCUCAUCAAAUGGUCAAAUCAAUAAAAAUGUACAGGUUUUAUUGCCAGAUGAACAUUCCCAACAUAUUGAUAACUUAUUACAGGAAAAGCUAAUUCAUAUUGCACAGAUGGAUACAAACGACAAUACAAAUGAUACUGCUACUACUACUACUACUACUACUACUACUAAUAAUAAUAAUAAUAAUAAUGAAAAUAUCAGUUCCUUUGACAGUAAUAAAAUUAUGGAUUGUACUAAAAGCGAUAAUGGUAAUCGAUGUGGCGUUGAUGUCGGUGGUAAUAGUAUUAGUAUCGCUGUUACAAAUACUGAUGGAACCCAAUCGACUGAAUCAUUAACUCAUGUAAAUAAAAAUGUAAAUGAUAAACCGACAACUAUCAUCUUACGUGGACGUCGACGUACAUUGAAGACACCAAUACAUAAUAAAAACGCUAAAACUAACAUAAAUCAUAUCAAUCAUCAUCAUGAUCAAAAUACUACUGAUACUAUUGAUAAUAUGAUUACUUCUAGUAUUACUCAAACUACUGAUCUGAAUGAUGCAUCAAAUACAUCCAAUAUAAUAUCCGCUCAUAAACAACAUACACCUCCUUCCUGUAAUACUGCUACUAACAUCAUAUCAAGUAGUAUAUUAUCGAAAAGUGAAAAUUCUUACAUUCUACCCGAUAAAUCAACUUAUUUUCAACUAACUAAUGAAUAUUCCACAAGAAAUUCAGGGAAAGAAGAUAGUAUUUUAACUUAGCAUUUAUUUGUGUUUGUUUUUUUUUGAAAAAAUUUUAAUUUGUGUUGUUUAUAAUUAUGAAUUAUAUACACCCCCUCCCAUUCCACCCCGUCCUCUGGCCUUUUCUUCUCGUCUCUUUUGUCCUAUCUUUUUUUUGUGGUUUUGGCGAUUGCCGACUAAAUUCAUCAUCAUUACCUUAUUUUUGUGAUCAAAAGAGAACACAUAACUCAUGUUUAUUACACUGAUUUCAAAGUUAGUAAUCAUGUUGGCGCCGAUGUCUUCUGACUAUUACUUUUCCGCUUAUCUUUUUCCGAUUGAUCAUGUACAUAUAUUCCUGGAAUUUAUGCAAUCAUGAUUCAAUUUUUACCUGUUUUCUUUAUUCCAUGGAUUGAUUUCUUCCACAGUUUAUUCCUCCUUCUUCAUUGUCUUCCUACUUUUAAUUUUCCUUUCUUCGAUUUAAAUUUUAGAACUCCAAUUGAAUCUACUUAUUGUGAAGUAAACAUUGAAAAUGCAUACAUUUUCAAAAGGUGUUCUUAUUACUUAAUUGCUACAUUGGUCAGUUAAUUUACUAUUUCAUAUGAGAUCAGAUAACGCAUAACAUCAUAGUCUUUGAAGAUGACAAUAUCAUCGAUAUCAUGUUGAUUGACAAAUAAUAACCUCUUGAUACUCUCUCUCUCUCUCCUCAUUUCUCUUAACUAUACAGACAACAUGACUACUCUCGUUAAUACUUACUGAUUGACUAUUCAUAGCCAACAAAGGUAGCAGUACCACUACUAAUAAUAAUAGCAAUAAUAAUAAUAAUAAUAAUGAUAAUAGUUUUCCAAAUCGAUAUUCUUCUAUUUGUAUCCCAAUUAUUUAUAAUAUGUAUUUUUGUUUAUUCGUUUGUUCGUUUUUUGUAUCAUGUCGUUUGUUUGUUUAUUGUUACGAGAGAAGACAAUUUACAACAUUGUCCCCGUUUAUCUCAUCCUCAAUUCUCUAUUUCUGU